UAUUUUGCUCUUCAUAUUAGCUUCCUUCUACAACGCGCCAGAGGUCUCAUUCGUACCGCAUUCAAUUAAAAUAUUCUGUGAUAACUGUCGAUCUUUAGAAAAUGUUUUUAUUAUUCUCUUUUUAAAAUUCGUAUCCAUUUCACCACUGUAUUCUAGAGUAUUUCCUUUUGGUCUGUGCUUUGCCUUAAUAUCGUACGCUCACUAACAACUGGAUUCUUCUCCUCCAUACUUCCCAUUCAGACACGAAGUUCUUCUCGUCAACUAUGUGAUUUGGAUGGGAUCAUCUUUACUUUUGAGCAAUAAAUUGAAUGCAAUUUAAUCUAAAGAUUUAUAAAUGCUUCGACAAGCUAAUCAUGGACUUCAAAAGAAUGGAGGUUGAAAACGUUAUUUUGUAAUUCGUUCUGGCGGAAUACCCUUACUCCUUUAAAAAUACUUUCUUUAUCCUACUACUUACAAAUAAUCAAAUAUAGUGAAAGUUUUCGUUUUAUAAAAGUUGUGAAAAUGAACGUAGGAGUCCGCUGCGAGAAUUGAGAAUCAACAUGAUCAACUUACUUGGAAAAACCUAAAUAGACUCAAUGAUUCGUCAAAGUACUUGUCUUUUCGCUUUUGUCUUCUUUCAGCCAAUGUUUAUUUACGUUCACUUGGAUGACAGCUGUUUGUUUAUGUCGACUUAAAAUUGCUAGAGCCAUUGUUUGUUGAUAUAUACAUAUAGUUGGCCUUAAAACAUAUCUUAGUUUUCACCAUUCCCCAUUCCAUAAAAGGAGACUAUUCCUGCAGACUCGAAUUUGCGUUGUACCCGGAGGAUUAAUAGGAGAUUCUCUAUAUUCAGACUAACCGGACCGUCUGUAUGCACAUCAUUGAAUCAUUUAUAUAAUAUUUCUUUCUAUAAGAUCUGCUUCACAUUGUUUUUCGGCAUCUGAAGUCGUCGACUUAUCGUGUAACUCAACCAAGCAAAUUCAAGCCUUCAAGUUAAGAUCAACGUCAGCUCCAGUCACUGGAAAUUUUCACAGACAUUACCAUGUUUGAAGAAGAAACGUCCCCGACUCAUCUCAGUUUUACUGAAAAGUUGGCUGGGUUUGAAUCCUGCAGGGAUGGCCGUGUAAAAUUCGAUCCAAUGUCUCAUGGUUCACCUUAUCCAAGCAAAGGAAGUAAAUUGCUUUCAGCGACUGCAUUGAAUCGUUAUAAACAAAAUCAAGACAUAUUAACCAAAAACCAUCAAGAUAAGCCCUUGCUAUCGUCGAAGUUGGACGAAGUUGAUGUUGAAAUCACCGAACGUGAAUUAAGUGAACAUAGCAAAUUUGGCAUAAAACGCUUGCCAAGAUCAAAGCGUUUUCAAGAAUUUCUUAACUUUCGCCGUACUUCUCACCUUGAACCCUCAAAUCAUGCAUCCUUCAUGUCAACUGCACAAGUGCUCAACGCUGAUGCACCCACUAAGAAAUCCACAAACAAGCUCAAAUCUCUAUAUGAUGGAAAGAGAAGCCCCAAAGCUUCAUUAACAUUUAGAAAGAAAUCACCGAAUCAUGACUCGUUAGCUAAAAGAGUUACUAGUGCUCCCGUAAGCAGCUCUUCUCACAUGGCACAAGAUGCCAAUGAAGAGAAACAGUCUAGAAGUGCCAAUAGUAGCCCCAGAUCUAUGAAAAGAGAAUUGGAUGAUAUUGAAGAUCUUCAACCCUUAAAAAAACGAAACAUUACUCCGGAGCCUCGUUUAUUUGUGUCCAACUUCCCGAAUGAAAUCUAUCCAUCCGGUACCUUGAGUUUAUCUGCUCGGCGAAAAAUACAACAGCAAGUUUCAGGAGCAAAUGUUCGUGCCAGAAUAGAACUUGCAAGGCGUCGCAAUGAAGAGAGGAAAGAUGUGAUGCCCGAGGUCAAUCAAAAUGGCUUACAAAUGGAGACUAACCGACCCGAUCAAAUUUCUAACAUUGUUACGGAAAAAGUAAAUCAAAUUAGAGAUGUGUUCACAAAAUUUGCAUCCAGGAAUCAACCCAAUGAACCCGCGAAACCUGCCGAAACAGACAUAUUGCAAGAACAGACUGCUUCUCAUAGAUUUUUGCAGGCAAUUAGAGAAAAAACAUCAAAUUUUAUGAAGCAUGAUACAAAAGAUACCAAUUUGGGAGAUUUAGAUGCUAUACCGAAUGAUAUUGAUACAGACGAUGCAACACCACCGAAGGGAUAUGUUCGCUCAUUAGCUGAACAGUUUGCUAGUACCCCUCAAUUUUCUAAGGAAGCGAAACCCAAAGGUUUAACUUCUAAAGAGAACGAAAUCGAACCAAUAUCCAAGUUGACUCCCCCGGUAACCCCUGAUAAGGUUAUAAUUCAAAACCAUGCUUUGAAGGAAUUGCAAAAGGAAAAUAUUCCAAAUGAUAUUCUAACCGAGAAAAGUGACUUAGACAAAGAGAAUGAGGUUUCACAGCAGCCUACGAGAGCAGGGUCUCUGCAGCCAAAGUGUAUACUUACUGCUGACCAUGAAAAUACAGAACCAGAAUCAUAUCUUAUAGAACGCCUUUCAGAUAGACUAUAUUUUUGCAGAACUGCGAAGCAUUUGCUUCGUGUUUUUGAUCUGAAACAUGCUGAAUACCAGUUUGCGCUUGUGUUUGCAAGGUAUCUUAAAGCUCCCCUGGAGAGAAUACUCACUGUUCAAUCGUCUCUUGUAACGUUUUAUGCUUCUUUGUCUGAAAUAGACUUAUGCGAGGAACUUAUGCGACGGGAUAGAAUCUUUUCAACGCCAGACACCCCAGAAGGUCUUAAGUCUUUUGUAAAUUUCCUAAAAGAAGAUCAUGAGAAUUUUAGUUACGAUGAAAGAAGUUAUUUAUACCAAUUACAAAAUAACAUUCGUCGCGAAAACGAAGACUGGAACGGAAUCGCUGAAGAAAUCAAAAAAAUGGGAAAUUUACGAAGUGUUCGAGCUAAACCACAGAAAAUUGGAAAUAAGUUAUUUGCGAAUCCAGAUCUCAAGACCAUGGAUAUACAAGAAACGUUUUUGGAAGAGUUUAUGGACGAAUCAACCGAUGAAGGUGACGAUAUCUAUGAUAUUGAAACAUUAAACAAUUUGGACUUGAAGUUUGAGGACGAUGAGACCCCUACAUCCAGCGUUAAAGAAACGGAUGAAAUAGAUAAUUACGAAAACAAAAGGUUUUUAGUCCCUCACUGCGCUCUCCGUGUUUUGCAUAUCCCAGAUAUAUCCUACCUUCCUCUAUUACAAGUCUGCAGCGAUUCGAGAUUUUCUGAUCCUGUGAAACUUGCUCACUGUCUAUGGGAUCUACAACAAAACCAAUUACUAUCCUAUAACUUCACUGAUUGGUUCGUAAAUUAUUUCUCUAAUAAGACUGAAGUUUUCUCGAGUUUUAUUUCGUACUACGAUCUAAAAAAUAUGAGUCUUUACGAGGCCUUUCAAAAUAUUUGUCCCGAUCUAUACUAUGGUUCUGAAGAUUUUUUGAACUCACGACUUAUACGCAUUUUUGCUACUAAGUGGUUAAGCCAGAACUCAACAUUUGGGUUUUUAACUGAAGAUAUAGUUCUGGAGCUUUUAAAAUCCCUGGUUCGAUUACAUAAAGAAACAAACACUAGACGACGAAUGUACAAUUUCACAUCAGCAGAGACUUUUGUGAAAUCAACGUUUCAAGUUAUACAGCCUUUAAUCCACCCUGAAGCUGUGUGUGCUGUUCCUAUUGAGCAAAGACGAAAAUGGAGGAAGUAUGGGAAAUCGAAAACGAUUUUAGCUAAAGUUCUAUGUGCCUCUUGGAAUAGUAUGCCUCAAGAGAUAGGAUUUAUUCUCGAGUGUAUGCUUAGAGAAUUUUACGAUUUGUUUCUUGUUAAUCCUUUCCAAGUACCAAAGGCUGUUUAUAUACAAUUAUGUAAUCAAGUUAGAGGCCAUGUUAGUCCACAACGGGAUAAAAUGAUUUUAAUGUCAGAAUUGUUGAGCAGAGCAGAACCACAGAAGAAAAUAGCAGACCCGAAUAUUGCCAGCGAAAAUGACGCGUUUAAAGAAAAUUCAUCCUAUGUAUUAACAGAAGAAAAUGCUGGCUUUUUUGCAACGAAAACUAUAGAUCUUCCUGAACCUGACGUGAUAGACGGAAGACCACAUUUUCAAAUGUUCAAUUAUGAGAUUCAUAUGAAAGAAGAGAAAACCCACGAGAAAUUACCUUGGUUGCGUCAAGGAUUAUUAUUAUACAAAAAAUUAAUUCCCGAAAAGAAUGGCAAAUGGUCGGCUGGUCCUUGGUGUCAACGCUAUGCUAAAGUUGCCCAGGGAAAGCUGUAUAUAUACAAGUUAUCUAUGUUUGCUUCUGGAGACCUUUACAACCCUGAAGUUUGGGAAAAACAUGGUACUAUUUACAAGGAACUUGAUUUACAAAAUACUUUUGCAAGUGUCAAUAUACCAUCAUCAUGCACCUCGAGAAAAGACAAUUGUUUUACGCUUAGUAUUCCUGGUGAAUGCAGCAUCCUUAUUCAAGUGAGCAACAUUCUCGUAUUGAAUGAAUGGAUCCAUGCGUUUAACUUUAAUGCUGCGAUGGCAUCCUGUCAUCCACUUCCUGAAAAUGUCACAAAUACCGAAUAUGGUUGGGGCCCGAUUUUACGACGAGCUGAAGAAAAACCCCAUUACACUUCCGCUGAUGGUACAGUUACCUACGUUGGAGAUUUAGUAGAAAUACAAAAUUGGGAAUCUACGGAUAUGCAAGGUCUACGAGAUAUUCCCAGACCUUUAAGAGAAAAAGUCAACAAUUAUCGUCGUACCGUUCCUACCCUCCUUAAGACCUGUCUCGAAUUCCAAAAUGUGCAUGACAAAAUGCUUAGCUGUUAUUGUCCUGGAUCAAAGAAUCACUCAAAAGCGCUAUCGAACUGGAACAAGAAAAUGAAGUUUCUAUAUGAAAAGAGCAUAAAAUACAAAGAGUAUUUACAUGUAUUGGAAUGUGAAUACAGUUAUCGAAAAUCCCACGACUUCUAUCCAACUCUAUCGCCAACUAAACAUAAGACGAAAAUGGAAAUCUAGAAUAAAUGGGUUUUGUGAACUAAAAAGGAGGUUGUUUAUCCUAUCGAGCAGUUAAAUUUGUUGCAUGUCAACUUUGGCCAGACAUAUCGCUCUUUGAGAAAAUGAGAGAAUGGAGUAAAUCUUUAUUCGAUAUCAACCUCCUAUACUUUUGGCUAUAUUGCAAUCUUUAAAUAUUCCUACCUUUUUUUUUGGGUAGAUGUACUCUACUCACUGUACAUUAGUGUUAAUUAGAAGAAUCUUAUGAAGUUCCUAUGAAUGCAUGAAAACAUUCAAGUAUCUACUAGC